AUGAAUCCAACAGAAGGAUUAUGUAAUGGUACAAUACGUUUUUGCAAAAAUUUCAAUAGGAAUGUUAUUCAAGCAGAAAUUGCAAUUGGAGAUUUUGCUGGGAAACAAGUAUUUAUUCAUAGAAUACCUUUAGAACCACGAACAGGUGAAGAAUACACAAUUCCAUUCAAAAGAAUGCAAUUUCCAAUCAAACGAUGCUUUGCAAUGACAAUUAACAAAGCACAAGGUCAAACCCUAGACUGUGUAGGUGUAUAUCUAAAAGAGCAUGUUUUUUCCCACGGACAAUUGUAUGUUGCUCUAUCACGAGCUAGAACAAUUGGAAAUGUUAAAGUUGUUAUUAAUCAAUCACAAAAUGAACCAAGAUUUCGACUCAGUUCAUAUGAACAUUCGUGGUCACUCACCAAACAUACCCUCGUUGAACCGCAGCCAGAGCUAAGUCCACCACCACUCCCAUGCCUAUUCACAUUCACUCCGUUUAGUCAGAUGUUCAAGAAAAAACUGCUUAUACUUACAUUAUGGGAUUCCUUGAAUGACAAUGAAGGAAAAGCAAUAGAAGAAUUGACCCAGAAUAGGCCAAUGAUAUUUGCUAUAAAAGUGAAGGUCACAACUUUCUAUGGGCUAUCAUUGUCAACAACUAAUGGAUCUUCAAUCCUUAUAAAUCCACCAGUCAAGGCAGACCUACAACUAGACAACUGGUUUCAACAAAACAACAACGAAAUAAAAGAGUUACUUCGAAAGGAAACAUACAAAGAUAUUGAUAUUCUUUUGCCACAUCCCGAAGAAGAGGACAUAAUUCCAAUGGCUGUAGCAAUCACAAGGAUGGAAAAUGGUAAACCAACGUGGGUUAAAGGGAAUCUCAGUUUUCCACAUCAGGAUAGGAGUUUCACACAAACCGGAUGUGCUAAUUGCUUGAAGCUAAUUGAAGCAGAUGUUAGUUGGACCAUCACAUCACAUAUCCUGUCAAGAGCAACAAUUAAUAUCGAUGAUGGAGGCGGAUCCAUUUGUGCGACUAUUUCUACAAUAGAUAUAGAAAAGUUCAUUCAGUUUAAUCCAAAUUCACUUAGAGAAGCCGAAGAAAAUGGAGAAGAAGUUCAUGACAAAAUUGCAGCAUCAAUUAAAUCUUUAUCAAUUGUAGCAUUUGUACGAUCAUAUCAAACAUAUCAUCAACAAAAACCUACCAAAAGAUUUGUCAUUGUUAAGGCAUAUAAUCCUCAACAACAAAACACCCAUAACCAACAACAAAUCGAAACAUCAAACCCACCUGACCCUCAAUCAUCAACCAAAACGCCUUCAUCUAUGCAAACACAAAAGUGUAGCCAACAUCAAAUCGAGAGAUCCAAGGGGAUAGAAACUUCAACAGCUGCUCCUACAAGACCAUCUAAAAAAAUGAAAUAG